AUGGGCACACAAAACUUAGAGAAGACGGCCGUGAAAAUUCAGGCAUGGUGGUGUGGCAGCACAGUGCGGCAGAUGCUCCUGCACGCAGCACUCAGGGCCUGGGCCAUGCAGCGCUGGCAGAGGUCAGUGCAGGCCAAGAUGCUGGAGCAGAGGCGGCACCUGGCGCUCAGACUCUACACCUGCGAGGAGUGGGCAGUGGUGAAGGUGCAGGCCCGGGUCCAAAUGUGGCAGGCCCACAGAUGGUUCCUCCAGGCGCGCCAAGAGGCCUGCAUCAUCCAGUCUCACUGGCGCUGGCAUGCCAGCCAAACCUGGGGCCUGAUCCAGGGCCACUGUGAGGUCACAGCCAACUAG